AUGCUAGACAAACAAGUGUACUUGUCGUCUCAGGAGAUGUCAGCUGAGCAUAGGAGAGCUCAGGGUGACAGUUGGGACGCAGUUUACAGCAGCACAACUCUGGUAAUUUGGAGCUUUUAUUACUGUCAAGGGCAGCAAAAUUCUUGCUCAUGAGAUAAUAUUUUCUGUUGUGCGGCAGAGGUCAGCGCUACGAAGACUUUUACCCCGUACAAUGCUUGCAGGGCGAAACGGAAGCAUGAAUAGCUCAACCGAAGGAAAACUUGAAGGAUUGAAUGAAUUGGAGGAUACUGUGGGAAGUGGAUCAUCUUUUGCUGAUAUCUGGGACAACACAAGCGUCGAGGUUAGAAUGUAACUGCUUUGAUUGAACUUAAUAUGAAUAUACGCAUUCUGGCCCAAAGAAUCAUCAUUUGUUCGGAUGAAAGGUCAGUUUCGUUUGCAUCGCGUGCACGUCGCUGUCAAAUUGCAUUACUUCGGAAUUGUUACAUAAUUUGCCUAUAACUUCUGUGUUGAAAGUAAAUUAAGGGUUUUCUAUAUCUUUCGAAAACAUGCGUGAGUUGUUUUUAGUUUAAUAUUACACAAUCUCUCUCGCGAAAUUAAACUUUAAUUUUAUAUGUUAUCAAAUGAGGAAAGGUGCUUCUGUCUUCCUCAUUUGUAAUUUUUUCCAAGUCGUGACGCGUUCCUGAUCCGAACACUGCUUAUUUACGAGUUUGAACAAAGCUUUUCUAGCUUGGUUAACAGUUCACAAGUGUCUUAAAUUUUCAGCCAAGUAAUUACCACAUAACGUGUUAUCUUUCAUAAAUUUGACCACUUUAUUAUUGUUAUUUUUAAUCAUAAUGAUGGUUUUUUGAUGGUUACGAUGCGAUUGGCUUAUUUUUUCGGGUUUAUUGGGAUAAAAUAGUCUCAGCAGAGAAACGAUUAUUUUAAUGCCAACAAAAAUAUCUUAACACAAAGGAGGGGUUGAUAUCCACUCCAUUUUGGAAACAGUUUUUGCUCACAAAUACUUUCAUUGUUGAUGAAGGAGGGGGGGGGGGUCAGAUACUUCCUCAACCCCUCCUCCCUUUUGUUAUGUCCUUGAUGGGGGGACACCCCUUCUAAAUAAGAAAAGGUCUCAAUAUGACCUCCUGCAAGCAAGGUACUCUUAGUUGAAGCACCACAUUACACAUGUCCUAGAGCUGGAUCAUACAUGUUAGCCUUAAACUCUCAUGAGUGAUUAAGACAGAAUUUCUCCUUACAAUAUCAAUACAAUAUCAAGUAGAAAAGUGAUGAGAAUAAAGAAAAAAAAUCAAUCAGGGGAUUAUAAGUUGAUCCAAUUCCAAAUUCUCCAAACUAACAUCACAAGAACUGUAUGGUAGACAGUAAGGAGAAUUACUGGUGAGAUCUUGGGAGUUAAAAGGUUAAAACAACACCUAUGUCCCCAAGUAUAGCAGUGAUCCUUGCAGGUGAGUUCCAAUUUAACCCUUUAGCUCCCAGAAGUGAUUAACAUGUAAUUUCUCCCUGUGAUAUUCACACGCUAUCCAGCAAACUGGUGACGAGAAUACUCAAACUUAUCAAGUUGAAGUUAUUCUUUUAAUCAAACAUCAAAUUCUCAUAACCAAUUUACAAGGAAAUGUGAAGCAGUUACAGGGAGAAUUAACAUCCAGAUCUUGGGAGUUAAAAGGCUCAAGCAAUAGGAGAAAAGAAGCCUGAAACAAAUUUAGGCUUCAAUGAGAUUUGAACCUGUGUCUCUCUUAUUCUAGUUGGGCAAGAGAUACUAGUUGAGUAAAUGUGGUAUUUGAUUAAAGAUUAUGAGUGAUAUCUCCAAUGUUAUAUUAUUGUUAGUAAUAUUUGUUAACUGACUUUGUUACAGAUCAGAGAUCAAGACAAAGGAGACUUCAAUGCUACAACAAGCUUGUUGCUAACUUGUAAAAGCCAGGUUAUUUAUCCUUAUUUCUACAUCCUCUCCUUGGUAAGUUUAGAUUCCAAGAGUAACUCAUUAGUCAUAUACAGACGAAUAACAGGGGUGAGUUUCUUAAGAAACUGUUGUGCUACAUCAGUGGUAGAGUUUAACAAGGUAAUUUAGUAUUAUCAGCUGAGGUGAUAAAUAAAUGUAAAUUGGCCUUCAUAAACAAUUUAGAAGUUGACGUUUUGAGCAUUAGCCCUUUCUUGUUCUGCUCUAACAAAGGGCUAACACUCAAAAUGUCAGCUUUGAAUCUCUUUAUGUUGGCCAAUUUAUGUUGUCAACUCAGUUGAUUAUACUAAAUUACCCACUUAUACGCAGAGCAAAAGUCCUUGUCAUUUAAUCAUCUGCACUAGGGCAGCAUAAAGCAUUUUGGUAACAGCUUUGACUUAAGAACCUUGUAAUGGCCUUGCUCAUCUAAGAGUCACUGUUGUUCAGUGGAAGAGCAUGGGAGCUCAGAAUCCAAAUGUUUGGGGGUUAUUCCUCAUGGGGACUCCGAAUUUUUUCUUUGUCCCACGCUUGUGAAAAGAUGAAAAUCAUCUAUCUUCAACUUGUUUCUUGUAGUUUAUAACUUUUGGUUUAAGCCACUGCACCCUGAUGUCAGUAUAAUUAUUAGAUUUUAUCAAACAAUCAACAUCUUCUUUAGUCAGUGAUCAUUUCUUUUAGUAUCCUGACCUUAAUGUGUGAUUCAGGAAUGAUAUUUUAAGGAGAAAUUAGAUGUUAAUCAGUCUUAGGGGUCAAACAGUUAAUUCCUUUCCCCUUGAUUCAGAGUUGAUACUAGUGACUGUAAUUUUCUUUAUUUUUCAGGUUGCCUGGCGACCAUUUAAUAUUCAAUCCUUUCGUUACCAAGGAUGUUCAAUGCGGAAAUUCUUGAACAUUAUAUACACACUGAUUAUUUUUGUCCUGAUUAUCUUCAGUUAUGUGUCAAGCAUAAUAGCUUGUCAAGCCAGGCUGGAUAUACCUUUGGUAUGCAGCUUGUAGACUUAUUAACUCUUAUCAACCCCAUUUACCCCCGAGGUUUCAAUAGUAAUUCUCCUUAUUGUCUUUCAUACAAUUCUUGUAAUGUUACUUUGGAGAAUUUGGUCUUGGAUCAACCAAUAAUCCCCUGAUUGAUAUUUUUCUUUAUUCUCAUCACUUGUCUGCAUGAUAUUGUAUUGAUAUUGUAAGGAGAAAUUCUGCCUGGUCACUCAUGGGAGUUAAAGAGUUAACAUCAGUAUGCAUAUUCUUCAUACUGUUCUCUUUAAAUUUCCUUUGUUGCUGACAAGGAGAAUUUUGUAAAUAAUCAAAAGCCUCUCUAGUCGGUGAUUAUGUCCUCUAUACUUGUGACCCUACUGUUUGAUUUGGGGGUGAUAUUGUAAGGAGAAAUUAGAUGCUAGUCACUCUAAGGGGUCAGAGAGAUAAUACUUGUGGGGUAAAUUUGUGACGUUUAUACACAUUGAAAAAGUAAAGCUGAUUAGAUUACCCUUAGGAGCAGUUUGCCAAUAGAUUCCACAGUCAUCAUAUAUUAGUAUGUAAUAACUUCAAAUCAUCUGUUCAAAUUGUCUGUGUGUUUGUUAGUUGCAGAUUGUUGUUUUGUGAACACAUUCUUAAGUAAAAAUGGAUUCAGUGGAUGCAUACAAUCCAUUGUGUAGUGUUUCACUCCUAAGAUCUCUUUUAGUAAUUGUCCUUACUGUCUUUUAUUCAAUUAUUAUGAUUUAAGUGUAGAGAACAUGGUAUUGGAUCGUCUAAUAUUCCCCUAGCUGAUGUUUUUCUUUAAUCUCAUUACUUAUCUGCUUGAUUUGUAUUGAUACUGUAAGGAGAAAUUCUGUCUUGGUCACUCAAUCACAUUUGAUUGUGACAUUUCUCUCUGUUUAUAUCAUUCCAGACACCAGCAACAAAACUUCCAAAAUCUCAACCAAAUUCUCACCAUGGCAACAUCAACACAGCACCAACAAUGCCAACAACAAACCACACAAAUAAAACAUCAACUUCACACACAAGCAAACCAGGUAUACCAUUCUAUACCUUGGCAGCACCAGCCACUUGGAACCCAGCAGUCAUGGAGUGUACUCAUAUAUUUAGCACAUACGUGGUACCAGAUAUUCUUCACUUUCUAGCAUUUUUGAUCGGAUUCUACAUGUUUAGGAUUCAAGAGAGUGAGGGCCUCCAUGCACUGAUAGAAAAGGUAUGCUUUAAAAUGUUACAGUUUUAAGUGUCAUGAUAGAUUUUAUAUUAUCAGUGGUCACCUUCUUGAGUGGCAAAGUUUUAUGACGAGGGCAUUUUUCUUGAGAUUCAUUUUAGUAGUCAACUUACCAACAAAAUUAUUAAUCUUUAGCCCCUCUGGUUUCGUUGUAGUGAAACCUUCCCCUCAACUUGAUCAUUUAAUUUUUCUCAGGUUUUUUUGCUUAGUUCAGUUCCCAGAAGAAUCACCUCAAGGCUGCGGUAUGUGCUGUUUCUCCUACACACAUAAGUUUUGAUUUGUAUAUUUAGUGAAUUAUGCAGUUGUGUUUAGAAUUCUCCCUGCUUUAAUUCUGUGAAACAAUUUGGAUUUUUAUUUUAUCAGUCCUCAAUGAUUAAUAGCCAAAGAGAAGCAAAAUCUGGUUUUAAGGGUUUUAAAUCAGGAAAAAUAUUAGAGCGCAACAUUAUGCUUUGAAACAAAUUGUUAAAUAUUCCACAAAGUCAUUUCUAACUCCUAAUGCAAAAUUACCUCUCCUUGAUUAAAAGUCCCCAGACCUUAUUUAAAAUAUUUUUUUUCUCACAAAGCCUAAGACAUCUAAAUUUUGCCUUUUGGCAACCUAUAACUUUGCUUUUAUGAAAAUUUUUGAGAGCUGACUAACCCAGCUUAGUUUUCAGGCAGAAAGCAUUUAAUGGUCAGUUUUGUUCCUUUGACAGGUUUUUCCUUUUUGGUGGUUUUUUCAUAGUGUUCCUGGGCAUCUGUAAUUUUAUUUUGUUUUGUUUUGCCUACCGUUUGGAGUCAGUCACAGGAUUCAUAAACAACCGAAGGUAAGGCAGCCAAGUCACACACUGCAAUUAAAUUUUAAAAGAUUUUUAAAUUACCUUAUUAGAGAGGGAAGCUUGACAGAAAGGGGUUCAUAAGAGAGGGGACUAAAUGGAAGGGGGACAUACUAGAGAGGAGAACUUAUUAGGGAGGGGGCUCCUUAGAGAGAGGGGCUUAGAGAGAGGGUCUUAUUAGUAUUUGGUCUUAUUAGAGCAUUUGUGUUCAGAUAGUAUAGGGCUAUGAUGCUAAACAGGCCCAUUAUACCAAAAAUUGUGUUACUGAUUUUGAUAUUCAUUUGUAUCAAUUAGCAGUUCAGGGAUUUAAACAUGAAAUUAAGUUAUUUGCCAGACAUCCCUCUUUGCUUGACCCAUUUUAUCUUGUUGGGGAAAAAUCCUUUCCUAGUUUAUGUCCUUCAUAGGUUACAAUUUGUAACUGAAGCUUAUUUUUUCUAUCUUUAGAGCUCAGUGGAUUGCAGUAGUUGUAAUGGGACUGGGCCGACUUGUAGAGUUAUGUGUCAGCGUUGUUACUAUUGUAAAUUACUGUGCACAGUGUGAAUUGUUGAUUUUCUAUAUUCGUGAAAUUACAUUGCGCAUGGAAGAGAAAACCAAAGAUCUUGACAGCAUAAUGAAGGUAAUGGUGUAGUUAAAUAUUCUGGCCUUUACCCCCCUCCCCUCACACCCUUAACCCUUUAACUCCCAUGAGUGACCAAGACAGAAUUUCUCCUUACAAUAUCAAUAUAAUAUCAACCAGAUAAGUGGUGAGAAUAAAGAAAAAUAUCAAUUUGGGGAUAGUUAGUUGAUCCAAUACUAAAUUCUCUGAACUAACAUUAUAAAAAUUGUGUGGUGGACAGUAAGGAGAAGUACAAAUUUGAUCUGGAAGGUAAAGGGUUAAUUGACUUUAGGGCUUUUUUCCUUUUAUUUUUGGAUGGAAGAGUAGGAAGACUGGAACCAAGAACAUGAUUUACGGUGGGGGGUGGGAUGGUGAUAAUUUGAUACAGGGUUAUAACAGGGGAGGAGUACUAGAUAUAUCUGAUAGUAUAAGUGUCAGUCUCAGCAGAGUAUAUUAUUAUAAGAUGAUUUUCUGUUAUGUCAACUUUUCCCAAAUUUGAUUGAAGUUUCAAAAUCGUCAAUGAAAAUAUGGAAGGUGAUCAUCCAUUUGCAGGAUCUAUCUGAUCUCUCUCUCACUAACCCUAUUGUACUUGUCUUUCUUUUUAUUUUUGCAUUAGGACAUUCUUGAAGUAAAGAAAAAUCUCUCCAGAGUGAAUGGACUUAUAUCAGUGAUUGCAACUCUUAUAAUAUUUAGUUACUUUGAACUUUCUGUGAUAGGUAAUUAAAGAUUAACACAAAUUUUUACCUAAAGUUUUAAAGUUUGAAAAAUUUUUGGAUUUUAUGUUAGUACAUCAUAAUUUUUAUUCUUGUCUGUAAGGUUGUCUCAAAGCCUUAGGACUUGCAGUAAAUAUUAAAGCUAAAUCUUGGUAAUUUGGAUUUCUUUUUAGGGUUUUGUAACUUAUCACUUCAGAUUAAAAAAUUAAAAGUAAAAAAGAGCAAACUGAUGUACAGAAUCUUUAAACCGCUGAUAAGUUUUGCCAUCAUCAUUUGCCCUAUAACUAUCGUAAGUAGCUUAAACCAUUUUUAUUUCUUAGUUUGAUGUACAUUCACUGUUUCUAUAUGGAUGUGGUCUCUCUUCUUUCCUUUUUUUUUUCACCUUUCUAUUUUUUUUUUUCAUUUUUCUGAUAAUCUCUUUGACCCCUAUGCAUAAGUAGCUUCCAAUUUCUCCUUACAAUAUCAUCCCUGAAUUACACAUUUAGGCCACAUGUAUAAAGGAAAUGAUCACCAACUAAAGAAGCCCUUGUUUGUUGAACAAACUGUCCCUUCAACACCUUAGAAGACGUAUAGAGAACAGUUGGAGAAUAUGCAUAUUGAUGUUGAGGUGUAAAGGGUUGAUAUAAAGAACGUUUUACACAAGUAGAAAUGUCAUUGUUGUUGUUGUUGCUGUCCUUGCUAAGCUAACUUUAAAAUCUGCCUUCACACUAAAUGUUCCAUAUUCUCAAAGUGUAUAUGAUUAUGUUAUUUACUGGUUAUUCUUUGUCUUUCAAGGCUGCUCGUUUGACUUCAGCUGCUCGUAAACUUAAACAGAAUAGUUUGCAGAUCAGAGUGUUUGGAUAUCCUUCUGCUUCUCAACUGGAUUUGGAUUCAUUUGUAUUGUUUACACACAGUGCUGAAAUGAAGGUAACUUAAGUAUCUUGAUUAAGGACAGCUUGUUUCACAAGGAUGGUGGAGUAGGGGGGGGGGGGACUCUUGGGGAAGAUAGGGUUCAGCUCCCUUUCCCUUCCCCCCCCCCCCACAUUUCAUUGAAAGUUUCUUUGGCCCAUGGGUCCAUUGCCAUACUUAUGGAUCAUACGUCCAUAAAGCAUGUUGUGACAUGUUUGCACUACAAACUGUUUUAACAGGAGGGAAGAUUUCAACUUUAGUUAACUUAAUAACCGCAUUCAAGGUAUUGGCAAAGGAUAAUUGUCUCUUCAUCUCCCAGGCCAAGCUGCUGUUUAUGCCAGUUCAAUUCUCUUUUCUGUCUGGUGUUGUGGCAGUAGUGGUGUUUGUACUCCUACUCAUGUUACAGUUGGGCAUUAUUGCUGGCAAGAAUAAAUACCUUUGAGAGGAGGACCCCAUUGUGAAGAGGACCCUUAUGUGAAGAGGACCCUGAUAUGAACAAGACCCUGAUGUGAACAGGACCUUGAUGUGAGCAGGACCUUGAUGUGACACUUAUUUGUGCCCCUGGCAGAGAGGAUCAAAAAGACUACCUACAGUUUAUCUAAAGAAGUAAACCUAAGCAAAUGGCUUGGAUAACAGUGGGUGAUCAGCAUUUAUGACAUCCUUUGUGCUUCAUUCAUCUUUUCUGUCUUAAUUAAUUUAUCAAUUAUAUUAAUUGAUUUUCAAGCAAAAACCUGUAAGGGUAAGAUAUCUGAAAAAUAAUAUCUUUGAAUGAAGUAUUCAAAUUUCUACCAUAUCUACCUUUUGUUGAGCAUUCUCUUGUGAGAGAAACUUUUUUUAUGUUAAAAGAGCUGUGUUCCUGGUUCACUUUAAUUUUGCUUUUUGCAUGAAAAUUUCCUUUGAAUUUUUUCUCAAUGAAAAAAGAAAAAAAACAGGUUUUCUGAUAAAUUACUGCAUAGACCAAUGUCAAAUAUUGAAGUAGAUAUGCAAGUAACAAUUUUCUGGAAAAAAGAAGUUUCAUUUGUUGCAUUUGGUAUCCAGCAAGUUAUUUGCAAAUAUACUCCAUGUUGCUGCAGGUCUUUUCAGUAAUAGAUCACAGAUAACAUCAAAAUGUAGUUAAAACAACAAAGUAGCACAUGAGGCACAGCCGAGUGUGUCACUGAUGCUUUUGUCCUCUUCAACAGAUCAUGAGUAAGAACCGAUCAAAAAAUGAGUGAAUAUUUUAGCUUAUCAUAUAAUGAAUAAUAAGAGCAAUUGAAGAAAUGACUGAUGUAAAAAUCCAUUUGCUAGUCUUCAGCAUAUAAUUUGAAUAUUGUCAAUGACAAAUGUUGCAGAUAUGUUUUUAUAUAUCUGCAUUAUAAGUGUCCCUCUUUCUCAUGAAGAUUACUUUGACAGUAGUAUAUUGAACAAAGUAUGAUAACUUGAUUAUCUAUUUGUGAAGAAGAAUCCAUUGUGAACAAGACGUGCUUACUAGUGAUGUAAGAUUUAUCGUUCACAAAGAAAUUCUCUUUAAAUAUUGUUUACAAAGAUUACCGGUAUCUGUAAUAUGUAAUAAUUAUUGAAACUGUAAUAAUUGUAAUAUCUGUAAUAAUUAUUCUAAACUGUACAAAAUUUGAAGAUUGUUAUAAUUAUUACCAUUGUAAUAAUUAACAAAUUUUCCGAACUCGUAAAGCAACGUGAAAUAUAAGAAUAUUUCUAGAUGACAAUGUACUCGAUA